GGUUGAGGAAGUAGGACGGUAAAGGACAAUAAAGCCCAGACAACUGAGCUGUUAGACAAACAGACAGAUAGUCAGAAAUAAAGACAGACAGAAGACAACAGAUAGCCUAUGAGGACAAACUUUGACAGACAAAGGAUGCUUCCAUUACUGGUUAUAGCUCUGCUGGGGUUCUCCACAGAACCAGCCUCUGCAAUGCCUUGCACUCAGAUCUCUCUCUCCAAGACCCUUCCCUCCUCAGCUCACAGUGUCAGACCCUCAGAUGUGGCUGUGCUCUCUGCCAUUGGACUUCCCCAUACACACAGCAGCGAGCUGUCCAGAGUGUUAUCGAGACUUCAUGAGUUGCUGACCAUGUUUAACCCUGCAAUGACCAGUACUCUCCUUGGUCAGACAAACCUCUAUUCUGAAUCCUCACAGCACAGGGCUCUUGUCGAGCAGGCAAAGGAACUACCACUCUCCCUCAGGAGUAACCAGGCCGUUGAGCUAGACACAGACUGGAAGCUGGUGAUGCUAUUCGUUCAGGUGGAUGAGCUCUGUGUAUGUCAGGACCAGGUCAGCGAGACAAUCAAAGCAGCUGUCCAUCAGGUGGAUCUUGCGCUGCAGGUGCUGCAGUCGCAGUUGAAGCGGACCAUUGUCAAUGUUGCACUGUGGUAUGGAGAGUAUGAUACUGGAUUUCGUUAUCAGAACAGGAUGUGUCAAUGUAUGGAGGAAAAACAUGAAGGGGAGCUCAGACUACUGAAGGCCAUCCUCACUCAAGUCCUCCAGGAGUCCCUUGAUCGACACCUGGUGGAGAAGCAGUGGUACAGCAACAGAGAUGACUUCACCGUCUUACUGCAGGAUGCCCCCUUCAUCACAUCAGACCCCGCCUCUUUUAUUAGUGCUGCCCCCAGAGCGGGUGAACAACACACAGACAAACUGGCAGUACAGAUGUGGACCAACUUGCUGCAGCCCACCAUAGGCCAGCAGAACAUGGAGGAAAAUAGCAUGAUUAUCUCUUUGCUAUGCCCCAGUGAGGACCGGCCCUUCCUGAGAACAGAGAGUAACUCUCCAUCAGAUCAUACCAGUGAGCCCUCUCCUCUUCUCGACCCUAUCAUGGGCACUCAUAUGCCCUGCGAAGACCGUAGCCCUUCCAACUCCCCACCCACCUCAGUUCACGCCCUCCGGCCUGGCGAUAUUAAAGUAGUAGCUGCAGUGGGCGACUCUCUGACUGCGGGCAACGGUGUCGGAUCGGGAUCCAGCGUAAUCAACCUACUGGAUGUCCGGACGCAGUACAGGGGGUUAUCAUACAGUGUCGGUGGAGACGAGAACCUCACCACCGUCACCACUCUUCCCAAUAUCCUGCGUGAGUUUAACCCCUCCCUGACUGGCUACUCAGUGGGCAAAGGCAAAGAGCACACCACUCAGGCCUUCCUCAACCAAGCUGUGGCUGGAGAAAGAGCCAAGGACAUCCCAGACCAAGUGCGAGCACUGGUGGCCAGGAUGAAGAAUGACUCGAGCGUUCAUUUCCAAGACGACUGGAAAGUUAUCACUUUGUUCAUUGGAGGCAAUGACAUGUGUGAGUACUGCUACAACUCUCUGUUUUACUCCACUGACAACUACGUGGGCCACAUUCGUGAGUCUCUCGAUUACCUUCAUAAACAGGUGCCGAGGGCCCUGGUCAACCUGGUGGAGCCUCUCUACAUCCCCAUUCUGAGACAGAUGCACACAGAAGAAAAUGCCUAUCUCAAGUGCCCUACCUGGCUUGCCAAUAUUCUGUGUCCCUGUGUCAUCUCGCCUAAGGAGGGCUCUGUAACACUUCAGAAACUCCAUGUUCUGAACAGAGAUUAUCAGCGUGGACUGCAUGAGCUAGUGGAGUCAGGACGAUACGACACCCAUAACAACUUCACGGUGGUCCUGCAGCCUUUCCUACGAGACAUCAUCAUUCCAGUGAUGGAGGAUGGACGUCCAGACCGCACUUACUUCAGUCCUGACUGCUUCCAUCUCAGUCAGAAGGCCCAGACUCAGAUGGCUCGUGGUCUCUGGAACAACAUGCUGGAGCCUCUGGGCAAGAAGACUGCCCAACAGGACUUUAAUGAUGCUAUCCCUGUGAAAUGCCCCUCUAAGACCUCACCAUUCGUGCGGACCUAUGUCAACAGCAACUACACCUAUGAGGAACCCACCCCAACACUUCCACCAAUUACAAACUGGGGAAGUGACUUCUCUUGUGGGAAUUUUGCUCCAUCCACCUCUGUGCCUACAUCAGUUCAUAAGCUGCGACCAGGAGACAUUAAGGUGGUGGCAGCACUGGGAGACUCAAACACUGCAGCAGUUGGAGCCAAGGCAAAGAACGUGUUGCAACUCAACACACAGUAUAAAGGAGUGUCAUGGAGUAUCGGAGGAGAUCAGACCUUGGAAACAGUCACCACACUACCAAACAUCCUGAAGAAAUUCAACCCUUCCCUCCAGGGAUUCUCCAAGGGUCAGGGCUUUCUGCAGAAUAACGGCUUCAACAUGGCGGUGCCUGGAGCCAUGGCCUUUGACAUCUCAGCCCAAGUCCAAGCUCUCAUCAAGGCCAUGAAAGAUGACAAGAAGGUGAAUUUUGAACAGGAUUGGAAGCUAGUGACCUUAUUAGUUGGUGCCAGGGAUCUGUGUGAUUAUUGCAUGGACCAUCACAACCUUACACCCAAGAACUACAGUGAGAAUCUGAUGUUGAGCCUGGACAUGCUGUACAAAGAGGUACCCAGGGUAAUGGUCAAUGUUAUCGAGGUUCAGGAAAUUAAUCCGUUGAGGAGUGUCAGGAAGAACGAUCUGGUCUGCAACCUCAUACAGAGGAACGCUUGCCCCUGCUUUUUGAACCCUGAAGAGAAUUCUCCUGAGCUUGCAGAGGUUAGGCGGAUCAACCAGGAGUACCAGAUCGAGACUGAGAGACUGGUCUCUGGGGUGCGCUAUGAUGGGCGAGAGGACUUCACUGUAGUUGUUCAACCCUACUUACGAAACGCAUUUGUCCCUCUCAUUGGGAUUGGGAAGCCUGACCUGAGUUUCUUCUCAGUGGACUGUUUCCACAUCAGUGAGCGAGCACACGCUGAGAUGGCCAUUGCUCUCUGGAACAACAUGUUGGAGCCGGUAGGCAUGAAGCAGGGCUACAACAACUUCACAUACGACCGCACCAAGAUCAACUGCCCCUCUGAGGAUCAACCCUUCAUCUUCACUAAGGUCAAUAGCCUCCCGAGUCCACCUGUUACCACCACCACCCCUGUCCCAGUCACUAACACCACCACUCCCAGCCAUGUGCUCCGGUGUGACUCCUCCAUACCUGUGUGGGUGCCCGUGUUGCUGGGCGUCACUGGCUUACUGAUCGGCUGGGGAAUCACAUGGCUACUCAUGUCCUGCAGAGAACGGCGGAAUAAGAGGAAAAUGGGAGAGAAAGAGGUUGAGAUGAAAGGAACUGGUUUCUAAUGAUAUUCAGCAACAGAUAACAAAUACUUUUUUCUAGUUUGAAUGUGGAAAUACAGUGUCAAAAGCAUGUAGGUGGCAUGGACAAUCAUUUAGCUUUGUAUCAACCGAAAUGGUCAAAUUGUCAGUAACUAUGUCAUUGGGUAUUUCAAGAGAAAUGUUGGCAUUCAAUUGCAUCAUGUGAGCCCCUAUGAAUUACCAGGAUGAAUAGGUCAGCGUAACCCAAGCCCAUUGCAAUAGAAGUUGGAGCCAUUGUCCAUGGAGAUUAACAAAGGGAGAAAGGGUGGUAUUUUAUUGAGGGUACACAACAAGUUGCCUCCCCAUGUUAAUAUUUGAUAAAGCUAUGACAGAGGGGUUACAUUAAAAGUAAUGGAUAUCCCCAAAUUAUGUUAAUAAACUUAGAAUGUACUUUGUUUGCAGGCAGGUCAGCUUCAAUGAAGGGUAAAGAAAGCUACCUGCAAAAUGUUUUGUAUCCCCAAAUACGAUUUUAAAAAAGCUCGUACCAUACUGCUGGUUACAAAUCUUUGCCAAAAUACAGAAAACCUGAGUGAACCAAAAUAAACUACACCGUUUGUACAGUAGUAGACCACGCCCUCUGCUGGUGAGCACGACGUAGUUCUCUCUGCGUAGUAGUUUUUAGUGUUUCAAAGAAAAUGGCGGAAAGCGACCUCAACGUUGACAGCAUCAUCUCUCGUUUGCUUGAAGGUAUGCUGUUUUUGUUUGGCAAUUAACCGUGUGGUUACUUGGUGGGGACAGCAAAUAAAAGGAUGUAACCAUUUUAUGUCAUUUUCAGGUGUCGAAGAACGAAUGUAAAAUCAUAAUUGGUGACGCCAGUUGACUUUGCUAGCUAGCUAACGCGUCAGAGGAGAAAGGUGGGACUGGGAGAGUGGUUCAACAAACUAGUGACUUUAGCCUUAGCUAACUGUGUUAUGCCCUGUUUAGGUAACUACCAUUUAACUGUAACUAGUUAAUUUGCCAAAAAAGCAACAUCUGUUUGAAUAUAAAUAUAUGCUGUCACGUUUGAUUUGUGUUAUGCUAGCUAACGCGGUGUGUUACAGUAACGUUAGAUAUAUGAUCAAGCAAGCAAACAUUACUCUAGUUUACGAAAUUAGCUAGUUAGAUACUCUUUGCCUAGCGCAGGACAUGGAUGUUAUUUAUAUAUAUAUAUAUAUAUAUAUAUAUAUGUAUGUAUGCACAUUUUUAUUGCUCUUUAGGCGUUAGUGUUAGCUUUUAAACCUUGAUGAGAGGGGGCUUUGCCAGCGUGAACACACACCCCUCUCCGUCCGUGUUGCUAGGUAGUCAGUCAAGCUAGCUAGAUUCAGAUUUGUUUUCAACGCGGGGCUGUAUAGGGGCUAUUACGUUGUUAGUGAAGUAAGAAUGCCUCUAACUUAGUCAUAUGUCUAUGUGUAACGUUAUAGGUAGCAAUAACACAAAGCCUGAGUUAGCUAGUAUGCGUCAACUCGAGAGCAGUCACAACAUUGAUUUAACCUGCCAUUGACGUCUACUCAGUUUCGCAUCUGUAGCGAGUUAGUCAUUUUACAAACCGCUUUCAAUGUUUGUUUGGUAUGUACCCACCUGAGCGUUUUAUUUUCUGUACUGAAAUCACCUAUGGAAGAUGUCACACUUCAGCCUACAUGAAAAGCAUGUUUUGUCUGGAUUUCUUUUUUAUAUAAAUUGUUGAGAUGUUGAAGACCACAGUCAACCUGAUAUUAAACGCUGUACAUUUUACAUUUAAGUCAUUUGCCAUCAAACACCUUUUCGUGACACUUGGCCCACUUGGAACACUCAGCAAAAGUGACAACCACCUGUUUUAUUCAGUUCAGCACAUUGCUGAACUGAAAUUGCAGGCCUUUGAUAAAUCCCAAUUGGGGAUGUUAAUGGAUAACCUUUAAUUGGUUAGCCCUGAAAUACACUUGACCAGUCAUGCUUACCAGUCUAUCGGUUAAUUUUCAUAAUUGUGAGGAAUAAAAUUGGUGUGUGUAGUAUUA